AUGAUUCAAUUAAGCCGAAGAGCUCGCUCAAUGCUUUCCUUGGGCCUCAACUGUCUUGCCCUCUGUUUUUCUGUGUCGGCUUUCAGCACCAGCUAUUGGUGUGAAGGGACCCACAAAGUGGUGAAAUCACCCUGCCUUUCAGUGGUCAAGAAAGGGAACUGUGCACCCAACAACAGCAACGGGACUGUGGAUACAAAUGAGACGGUGGAUCCCCACAAAGUCCAGUACAUCUGGGAGACGGGUGAAGACAAGUAUGCUUUUCAGUAUUUCCACACGGGUUUCUGGCUGUCGUGUGAAGAACAUCAUGGAGAGGAGAAGUGUCGGAGUUUCAUUGAGCUGCCUCCAGAGUCAGAAAAAGGAGUGCUGUGGCUCUCAGUUGCUUCCGAAUUUCUUUAUAUCAUCCUGUUGAGUAUUGGAUUCUUGCUGAUGUGUUUGGAUGCUAUCUACUAUGCCAACUUCAUUGACGGUCUCAAGAUCAAUGCUUUCGCAGCUGUGAUCACUGUUUUGUCAGGUCUCCUGGGCAUGGUGGCCCACAUGAUGUACAUGACUGUCUUUCAGGUGGCUGUAAACUUGGGGCCAAAGGAUUGGAGGCCCCAGACAUGGUAUUAUGGAUGGUCCUUUGGCUUGGCCUGGCUCUCUUUCACUCUCUGCAUGUCAGCCUCGGUGCUGACCCUCAACACUUACACCAAGACUAUUCUGGAGUUCAAGUACCGUCGGCAGAUUUUUGAGAAAUACACGGCGUCAACGGGGAGCAUUCGAGGUUCCAACUCGCCAGCGCUGUCCCCUGACCUGGAGCGCUUUCUGUGGGAGAAAUAUAUCUUCAGUGUCAGUGAAUCCCUAGACUUCUCUGCAAGUCCAACCGGCCGCUUAGCUCUCAGUGGAGGCCGAAAAGAGUGCUUAGGAGGAUAUGCUGGACUCCCAAGGAGUCACAGUGGAGAUACCAAGGAUGGGGAUGAUGGGGAACCUUGCUGA